CUCUCGUACACAAACCGAGCGCGAUCCUCGUUACUCCGCGCGAGUACAGUGGUGGUGGAAGUCGCAACGGAACUUCAGUGCAGCUGCGGCAAGCAGCUGACGCGGAAUCAUUUAGAUCUGUAGUAGAGUUCGCGCCGCGUACGUGACACGACACGGGACGUAGCGCGCGGUGGACACGGCACCGGUGUGGACCGCACCGCCGCCUCUGAGGACAGCCCCGGGAUUCGCGCGUUUUCCUACUCGCCGCAAAUGAGAACGCAUCGCGGGUGUACGCGCGAGGGAAACGUUCCUGCUGCCGUUUGUGCUUGCAUCACAGUCGCGAACAGUGCGGUGUGUCGUCGCUGUUGCGCGAAUACACGGCGAGGUGCAUCAGUAGCUGUCCCGCGAUCACGACGACGGAACGAACUGAGGAGAGCCGCCGAGAAAACUGUAAAAGAGCACGGCGGUCGAACGCGCGGCGACAAGUGUGCGCGUGCGAGCGCGCCGACGAGGGAAUACUCGCAGUGAAGCGUCGCGGCAGAAUUCGAGACCCUAAACAUGAAGUUGACACGAUUACCUUCGACACUGCAGCCUUUGGCUUUGGCUUUGGCCUUGGCCUUCCUUUCGACGGCACGCCAUUGCGACGCCGCCACGGAAAGUUUAAUAGGAAACCGGGAGACCUGCGAGACCGAGGGGGAAGAAAUCAUCGUCGAUAAGAUCCUGAAUACGAGCUGCUUCCGCUGCAUUUGUAAGAACGGAUUCGUGGAGUGCUUGAAACACCAGUGUCCGAACAUCGAAGGCUGCUACGCGCUAGUGGACCCACACGACAACGAAUGCUGCCGCAGGUGCACAGGGUGCAUACACAACGGCGUUUAUCACGCAUCGGACACGGAAUGGAGGGAGUCGAACAACCCGUGCCAGAUAUUCGUCUGCAAGGCGGGCGUCGUCACGGAGUCAAAGCUACGAUGUUACACGCCCUGCUCCAAGCCGAAACCGGCCCCACCUGGCCAAUGCUGCCCCGUAUGUGACGGAUGUCUAGUGAACGGACAGAAGGUCACGGCGGAUAGGUCGGUGACAACGACGGAGGACCCCUGCGUAACCUGCAGGUGCAACAAGGGAGAUCUCAUCUGCGCGAAGCAGGCCUGUCCGGUGCUCAAUUGUCCUUCCCCGAUGAUCGUUCAAGAUGACGGGAAAUGUUGCCCGCGCUGUCAAGGCAGCGGAAGAUUUUUCCCGCCGCCGAGAGGCGCGUGUAUGCUCGGCACGGAGUUGCACAGCACGGGCAGUCAAUUUUCGCCGGAGCCUUGCGCGCGAUGCACCUGCCACAAUUCAGUGAUUACGUGCUCUAAGGAGACCUGUCCGGUGCUGGAAUGUCCCAGAGAUCUUCAGACCAUCCCCCACAACGGACGCUGCUGCCGGCAGUGCCCGCUCGUCGAGGAGAGCAAGGCCUCCUGUUCUUACGGCGGAAGAACUUACAAGGAUGGCGAAGAUUGGAAGCUUGAUUCCUGUAAGGCGUGCACCUGCAAGCAGGGCAUAGUGCGCUGCGCAAUGCCUAUGUGUCCGUUGUUAUCUUCCUGUCCACCAAACUCCAAGUUGGAGCAUCCGGAGGGUCAAUGCUGUCCGCGAUGCGUCGAGAAAGACGGAGUUUGCACGGUUUUCGGAGAUCCGCACUACCGCACCUUUGACGGUAAAUUCUACAGCUUCAAAGGGGCGUGCAAGUACCAGCUGGUUUCCGAUUGCGUCGGUCACACUUUUAGCAUACGCGUAACUAACGACGCCAGAAAGACGAAAUCUUCAGCAUGGACCAAGACUAUCGCGAUAAAGAUCGGCAACAUGAAAGUGAACCUUGGCCAGAAAAUGAGAGUGAAGGUAAACAGGAAGAGGGUGAACGUUCCUUAUCGCUUCGGUAACCUACUGGAUAUCAACCGUACGGCCGAGAGUGUGAUCGUCAACACGCAAAUCGGGAUCAAGGUCCUCUGGGACGGCAUCAGCUUUCUCGAGGUAUCCGCGCCUGCAUCGUACAGGGGUCGACUGUGCGGUCUCUGCGGUAAUUUCAAUUCCCAAGCCAAGGACGACUUUACUACGCGACGCGGCCGGCUGUUGCAGGAUCCGCAACAGUUCGGCCAAUCCUGGACAGUGGGCGCCAAGAAGAUGUGCACCCGAGCCCCGAGACUUGGAAAUAUCGAUAGGGAGAGACGUUGUCGCGGAAGAAAGGAUCACCGAUUGUGCAGUCGACUGAGAUCGCAGAUCUUCGAUCCCUGCCACAAGAAGGUGAACCCGGCGAUGUACCACAAGGCCUGCCUUCAAGAUAUGUGCGAGUGCCCGACCGAGCAUUGCUACUGCGAGUCCUUCAUGGCGUAUGCGCACGAAUGCAAACGGCUCGGCAUCCAGCUGCCGCACUGGCGGAAGGCCACGAGGUGUCGGACCGUUUGGGACCAGUCAACGAGUCCGGCUACAAUAACCAAUCUCGCUCGUCGUCUACAUUAAUCGCGUAUUUUGUCCGCCGCCACGUUCGGUCCGUAGAAAUUCUAUCCCGAGAACGGUGCAGCGAGAACGUUCGCACCGAACUUUGUAUACAUUCUGUAUGCAUUUAGCGAGAUUCUAUAUACUUAUAAACCUUCUUACUUUUUUCCUGUUCGAGAUAUCCAAAGAAUGAAAAAAAGAGGAGAAGUUGUAACAAAUUAACCAAUGCACGUUUGCCUUGUGAUAUCAUCCAUCUCUAAAACGCAAAAUAAUUGAAGAAAAAUUUUUUUUUUUUUUUUUAAUUUUAACACAGCGGUUCCCACCGAAAAUAAACUUUCUGCUCAAUAAGAUAAAAAUUCUGAAUUGAACAUUCGUUAAUGAAACGCGAAUAAAAUAAAGAAUGAAGCGCUCUUCUUAGCAGCUUGUGACACGUACCGCGACGGAUUAAUUCGGAAUAUGUAUUCAUAAAUGCUUAUUUAUUCGUAGAGCAACAUAAUGCAUACGAUACUUAUAAGUCUGCCGUCUAUAAUGAGAAGCGGCAAUGGACUGUUAAUGCGACAGAAAAGUUUCACUGCGAAUGCAACGCGAGCAAAUAUACAACCGAUUGAAACGCCAUCGAAAUAAUCGUAUUGUAUUAUGACAAACGUAACUGCUACGAUGAUAAAGCGCAAAAUAGUUGAAAUUUUCUCUCGACUCGAGGUACGCCUCCUCUUUAACAUUUUUCGCGAUAUUAUCUCUCUUUCUAUCCCCGACAAUUCCUUCUGUCUGCGAGAGCGUACAGACCGGACGUGGCGGAGUGCUCGACGAGAAUCUACUAGUCACCACUUCGUAUCAAUAUGCAUUAACAGUGAGUUCCUGUGCCCCCGUGUUAGUAACGUCGAGUAGUGACUAGGGACGCACUCGAGUUAGAAUAUCUUUUCAUGAUUUCAUCAAGCAAAAAUGUCAAGUUACAUCAGUAUCAUGCCAAUAACAAUUAUAUAAAAAGAAUAAUAUACAAAAAUUUUAUUUUGAUUGUUGAAAAAGAAAAAGAAUUAAUUUUUUUGCUUUGUUUUAAUGUUUCGUUCUUAAUUUAAUUUUGUAAUUUUGUAAUAUAAUUAAUAGUAGAAAAUACAUUUUUCAAAAUACGAAAUAUGCAAUCUUUUCCAGUGUGUAUUAUAGUCCUUUAAGGAAUUGCAAUAAAGGAAUAUAUAAUUUAGAAUACAAAUAUUUCUUUACAGAUCCAUUUUAAUGUAAAAGUUAGAUUUUACGGCACAGUAUGAUAGUUUUCAAAUUAAAUAGGUACUCAUUGUCAAUUUAAUUUCAAGUUUCUUAAAGUUAACAUCCGAAAUUCAAAUAGUUUAUUGAUCUUAGACUUAACCAUUCUUUUUUUUAAUGAAUUAUUUGUAUCUAAAAAAAUUAUCGAAUCUAAAUUAAUAUAAAAUUUCUACUGUAAUUAAUUUAUUUCAGUCAAACUCUAACUCGAGUGUUCCCCUAGUAUCAACUAUCCGUCGACGCGGAGCGGCGGUGAUUUCGCGCUCGUUCGCACGAAAAUCUCACGUGGGUCACAGCAGCACAAGUACGCAGCCAUGACGCCCGGAAAUAUGGAUCUCACGUGUGUGUAUCAUGAUUCCAUGCGAAAUUCCGUAGAUCCGAAAGGAAGCAGCGCGAGUCAAAUUACUCGCGUGGUUACGGUCGUGCAUAAAAGCGGAAAAUGGAUGAUCUUGUGUCGCAAAGUGAAGCACAAAAAACUCAUAGUUUACAUUUAGCGUAACAUUAAUACUUAGCGCAGUUUACUUCUGAACCAUGUAUAGGUGUAUAAGCUCGUGUAUGUAUCGUGAAACGAGAAUGAUACAUUCGAUGCCAGAUCAUUCUUUGUGCGCGAGAUAUUGAAUUGUUAUCAAACAAAAUUAAUGUGAUGCAAAUUAAUAUGAUACUAACUCGACUGUGACUUAAUGUGACAAAAUGUAUUAUGACAGAUUGUGUUAUAAUCUCACGAGCAUCAGAAAUAUGGAAAUUCUUACUUUUAAUAAUCUCAUGAACGCUGCCUUGUUAAUUUUGUAUAUACUUCACUGGGACAUAUAUAUAUGGUCACCCAAAAUAAAUAUCAAAAAUGGAGCCCUAGGGCAAUACGCAUAGACAUAUAUUGAUUGAAGAAGAUCAAUAUGUUCGAAAUCGUGAGGACGAUUUUGUAGCGAGUGGCGAUGUCUUGUAAUGUUUUGGAGCACCGUGCAGUAUUUCGGCCGAUGAGCAGGCUCGCGGCAUAGUAUGUACAUCCCAAUUAAUACAAUCGAACUACGUGUGGAUCGAUUAUAUGUACACACGUAGAAAUAUAUAUGUAUAAACCUGCGGAUACUCGAAGUCCAUAGAUCUGCGCGAACACUGAAACCCACAUUUGUAUAUCCAUUUUGCAACAUAUUUUUCACUGACUUUUGAAUUUAUAGAUUCGUAUUUUAUAGUUCUGUAAAUUUUUAUUUUUUAAAUUCCUUGAAUUGAACCCAAGAUCCGUAAAUCGUAAAUUCUAUAAAUUUCUAAAAUAUCAUGUACACUAAUUUUUAUAAAUUCACAAUUCAAUGACUUUUCAAUCCAUAAGUUCAUGAUUUUAUUUGAAAUAUGAGAUUUAUAAAUGCCUAAUAAUAGUAUUUCCAAUAAAUUGAUAUAUCUAUGAAUUUAAAUCCAUAAAAACUUAGAUCUAUACAUCUACCUCACCGUAAUUUCACAUGUGCUUGCAGAAACAAAUUUGUAGAUUUGCAAAUUAAUGUCUCCAUUUCUAGAGUCAAAAUUUAUAUUAAAAAUAUCAUAAAUAUCUUAUUUCGUCGAUUUUUUAUUUCACGGAUAAUGUGGGCUCCUACUCCUACAGAUCUUUGGAUUCACAGGUCCGCGGUUUAUUAGACUCUUACAUUUUCAUCAAGUAGAAAUAAGAGGGAGCGUUUUCCUGCUUCGUCUUCGACGAGGGGAUAUACUUUUUUAUAUAUAUUUACUUAGUGAAUAACGUAGAUGUUUAUUUUAGCUUUAGCGAGACGUUUACAAAUUGUACAUAGAAAGAUACGAUUAUUAACGUUAAGCAAGCACUAAUUAUGAUUUUUAAUAACGUGCCACGAUUUUUAUAAUAAUUCUCUGUUUAUUAUUUUCUUUUUUUACUCUG